CGGGUAGCAUCCCAAGCGAGCAUCACACUGGCAGUGGAGGACAAGGAUGGUCGCGGUGCAAACGUCCCCCAAUCUAUCUCCAUCCCCCGAGUGGGUCUGCUGUCUGGACAAGAGGCCCUCGGAGCGCUCGGGAGAGGAUGUGGAUAUUAUUCUGACCAGACUGAAAGAGGUUAAAGCCUUCAUCAAGUUUCCACCUCCACUCUUGGUGCAGAUCUGCACGUGUGCCUUCUAUGAAUGUCUGGAGAAAGGCAUUACAUUGUUUCGACAGGGAGACAUCGGCACCAGCUGGUAUGCGGUUCUGUCCGGUUCUCUAGAUGUCAAAGUGUCCGAAACUGCUAAUCAUCAGGAUGCAGUCACCAUCUGCACUCUGGGGAUCGGGACAGCCUUCGGGGAGUCCAUUUUGGACAACACGCCACGUCACGCGACCAUCAUCAGCAGAGAGACCAGCGAGCUGCUUCGAAUUGAACAGAGGGAGUUUAAGACCCUCUGGGAGAAGCAUCGUCAGAGCCUGGCUGGACUGUUGGCUCCUCCUUACGGGGCAAUGGAGAGUGGAUCCAACAAUGACAGAGCCGCAGACAAAGACAACAUGAACUCAGACUCUGCAAACAAAUAUCACAAUAAGAUUCCCACAGAGAAACUCCAGAGAGCGGGUAAAGUUCUCCGCAACGCCAUCCUGUCCAGAGCCCCUCACAUGAUCCGAGAUAGGAAAUACCACCUCAAGACAUACAGACAAUGCUGUGUAGGCACAGAACUGGUGGACUGGCUUGUACUGCAGAGCGCAUGUGUUCUGACCCGUUCCCAUGCUGUCGGCAUGUGGCAGGCUCUGCUCGAAGAUCAGGUGCUGAAUCACGUGGACCAGGAGCUGGGCUUCCAGGACAAGUACCUGUUCUACCGCUUUCUCGACGACGAGGAAGAGGACACCCCGUUGCCUAGUGAGGAAGAGAAGCGGGAGAGCGAAGAGGAACUGCCAGAGACCAUCCUCUUCCUCGCUCAGAUUGGACCAGAUGCACUGCUGCGCAUGAUCCUCAGGAAGUCGCCUGGUCAGAGGACAGGCGAUGACCUCGAGAUCAUCUAUGACGAGUUGCUUCAUAUCAAGGCCUUAGCUCACCUCUCCAACACUGUGAAGAGGGAACUGGCGAGUGUCGUCAUCUUCGAGUCACACGCGAAAGCUGGAACUGUGUUGUUCAACCAAGGAGAAGAGGGCACCUCAUGGUACAUCAUCCAGAAGGGCUCUGUUAACGUGGUUAUCUAUGGUAAGGGGGUGGUAUGCACACUCCACGAGGGUGACGACUUUGGAAAGUUGGCCCUGGUUACUGAUUCACCUCGCGCUGCCUCCAUUGUCCUGAGGGAGGACAACUGCCACUUCCUUCGUGUGGACAAGGACGAUUUCAACAGGAUUCUCAGGGAUGUCGAGGCCAACACGGUGCGUUUGAAAGAGCAUGACCAAGCUGUGCUGGUCUUAGAGAAGAGUCCUCGAGCCUCCACCAUGGGAAGCAUCAAGUACACUGUGAUCUCAGGCACUCCAGAGAAGAUUCUUGAGCACUUUUUGGAGACCAUGAGAAUGGACAUACAUCACAGUGAACCAGACCCAGCAGUGGACGAUUUUGUCCUCAUGCACUGUGUCUUCAUGCCCAACAGCCAGCUGUGCCCUCUACUCAUGGCACACUACCAUGCGGCCUCUCCGCCCGGCUCUGAACAGGAGAGACUGGAGCACACGCUGAACUGUAAGAGGAGGGCUCUCAUUCUGGCUCUGCGCUGGGCUAACACACACACGUAUCUCCUACAGGAGGAGCCUGCUGCAAUUUCUUUCCUGGAGGAGUUGCUUAGUAGUGUAUCAAAUGAUUCACGGAUGCUCAGAGCAUUGAAAGACCUGGUUCCUGACCUAGAGAAAGUUGUCAAACUACAUUCAGAGGAAGCCAAGGCCACAAAAAAGAAGACUUUAAUACGGCAGUUCAGCAACGGGGAGGAAAGGCUGCAGAAGAAACAGGCCAUUAGAAACCAAGAUGACAUCCUAUUGAAGGUGUACUGCAGUGACCACACUUACACCACCAUCCGAGUUGCCGUGGCAGCUACGGGCAGAGAUGUUCUAUGCGCAGUUGCCGACAAACUCGGUUCCACUGACGAGCUCGUGUUGCUCAACCUCAGUUCUGCCGGCGAGAAACAAAUCCUGAAGCCUAACGAUCUGUCGGUGUUUUCGACUCUGAGUAUCAACGGGAGGUUAUUCGCCUGCGCGCGAGAGCAACUCAGUAAUCUGACUCCUCUCACAGAGCAGGAGGGACCCUCAGCGGGUUCAAUGUCCACUUUUGAGCUGAUGAGUUCCAAGGAUCUCGCCUAUCAAAUGACAAUGUUUGACUGGGAGCUCUUCAGCUGUGUGCACGAGCACGAACUACUCUAUCACACCUUCGGCCGCCAGAGCUUCAGAAGAACCACAGCCAACCUGGACCUUUUCCUGCGAAGGUUCAACCAAGUUCAGCUAUGGGUGGUCACCGAGGUGUCCCUCUGCGGACAGCUCAGUAAGAGGGUCCAACUCCUCAAGAAGUUCAUCAAGAUAGCCGCGCACUGUCGGGAGUUCAAGAACUUGAAUUCGUUCUUUGCUAUCAUCAUGGGCAUGAGCAACCCUGCUGUAAGCAGACUGAGUCAGACAUGGGAGAAGCUGCCGACCAAGUUUAAGAAGUUCUACGCAGAAUUUGAGAGCAUGAUGGACCCAUCCAGAAACCAUCGAUCCUACCGACUAACCGUUACCAAGCUUGAGCCGCCAAUCAUUCCCUUUAUGCCCCUCCUACUCAAAGAUAUGACUUUUACGCAUGACGGGAACAAGACAUUCAUUGACAGCAUGGUGAAUUUUGAGAAAAUGCGUAUUAUAGCAAACACAAUCCGGCAAGUCAGGCACUGUCGGAGCCAGCCUUUCAAUCCCGACAUCUGCCAACCCAACAAGAAUCAGGCGGAGGUCAGAGGCUACGUCAGGAAUCUCUGCGUGAUCGACAACCAGAGGGCGCUGACGCAGCUCUCCUACAGGCUGGAGCCUCGGCGGACAUGAGCUUGGAAUCUUUCACCACGUCGCCUUCCUCGUGACUACACACAAAGUAGCAACACACAGUGACUUUGACAACUCAUAGGACAAAUACUGUGCCAUUAAAGGCCUCUUCCUAUCGCCGUGUUUUAGCCUCAGGCAAAAAUGAGGCUGUUGUAGUUGUUACUGUUUUGGGACCUGUUAGAUAGAACUGUCAUGUAUAGAACUUGAAUCAAUAUCCUGCAUGAGUGAACUUCAUAAGCUCGGUGUUCUAUACAGUGGAUUUCUAUCAGAGUGUCCUGCAAUGUUGUGCUCCCCAACAAGUUCUUGUUCGAUCUUGUCCCACUUCUUUACUGCUUCUUUUAUUCUUCAAACGCUCCAAACUGAAGUAUAAUCUCGAAUUAUUAAUCACCAUACUCAGUACAGUCAACUCCAUUGAUCUCAAUAUCGAGGGAGCUUUUUAUUGCAGUUUUCUCUCUUCCACACACUUUAAGCGUAGUGCAAGUUCCUAAAAGGGAUUUACUAUUCUUGGCUUUCUCACACAGUUUAUUUGACACUAUCAUUUAAUGUAAAACUGAUGCACAAAACAGAAGGGAAUUAAAUAUGUAAAAAAGGUUAACCUAAAUCAUAUUUUGGACUAAAGCGAGCAUGAUUUUAGCAUAGAAUACAGAAUCCAUUUCGAAAUGAAUCCUCUUUGAAUCAUGUCGCACCACAAGUAUCGAGAUACCUAAAAAGACUUUUUUGGAGCGAUGCACACACCUAACAAUUAUCAAUAUACAAACGGGGAAUCCGUAGCAUCUCUGUGCGCUUUAGAUGAGUGUCAAUGUCUUUCCUAACAACUUAAGUGGUGCUCAAAAAGCGAUUGAAUUUGUCACAGUAGUUAAUUUUUUGCCUCGGCACAAAAUUCUUACUACCCCUCGGUGAUGUUGCUGUUCCAAAGUCAGUUGUCUGUGUCGAGUUUAUCAUUUCAGGAGAAAUCUUGCCAACCCUUGCAAUUAUGUUCCGUCUGUAUUAUUUCUUUUACCGUGUGUAGGAUUUGAGUGUGAUAGUGACAACUGUGAUUCUUUUUCAUUUGAUCUCAGGAGCUUUCAAUGUGUUGGUGUGUAUCGAGAACUGCCCGGUGGCUUGCUUCCAUCAUGAGCAGCUGGUAUCUGUGCUGUACACGUUAAUAAAAAUAACUAAUUUAACAGACA